AUGGCGAAAUUUGUACGGUUACCAAUUUUUUUAGGACAUUGCUCAGACAGUGGAGUCCUUUGUGAGCAGAUUUGUGUGCCAGUACCGGAUGAUGCCUACGAGUGUUCUUGUUACGGCGGAUAUUCGCUGUUGCAGGACAGUAUCUCCUGUGUUGUGAAUGACUCUAAAAUUAAAGUCAGUUAUUCGUUAAAGCAAAAAGGUAACGAACUACGAAAGAAAUCGAAAGCAUUGGGAUUUGAUGGAAAAUCUCAUCUACUUUUUCCAUCCCCAGAAAGCGCUUAUCUGCAGACAAAUAUCACCAUAGAAUUCAAAUUUGAUCGAAGUGCUGAUGGAAUUUUGUUGUUUGCGGGUUCAAUAAAAAAUAGUGAUUUUAUUGCAAUUUCGAUCAAAAAUGACAGCAUUUUGUUGAGAUUUGACUGUGGUGAAGGGACAGUCGAAGAUCUAUACAGAGGUCCAUUAGAAAAGAAUGUGUGGCACAGCUUACACGUGUUUCGUAAAUUUUGUGCUCAGAGCGAGAUACAAGUGGAUAACCGAAGCUCAAUGACGGAUGAUAUCACUGAACUUGUGCAUUACAAGGGAAUAAGUGUAGACAAAGGGAUAUUUGUUGGUGGUGCGUCAGACAAAAUCGUUGGUCUGGAAGAAAAAGCGGGCACUCGAAGCGGUUUUGUGGGUUGUGUACGGCGAAUUCUUGUUAAUGCUAUCCCGUUACUCGACGUUCAAGAAGGAGUUAAUUUGUCUAAAGAUAAAGCUAAGAAUAUCAGCGAGCCCGAAGAACAAGAGCCAAAGAAGUCGAAUGUUAACGUUAGUUCGGAUAGUAGUGAGAAGAAGGUUAAAGAAACUAGUGUGAAUGUAUUCCAAUCAAAGAAUGUCGGUUUUAACGGUAACUCGUAUGUUCAACUGCUGGCACCGGAAGAUAUUGAUCGAUACAUGGAACUGCGGUUAUCGGUAAAACCAAAAGAAGCGGAUGGGAUGAUUUAUUUCGACAGAGCAAUGGACCGGGUUUUGGCAAUAUAUUUGAAAAAUUCCUAUGUCUAUGUGUUAUUUUCAAUCGGCUAUGAUAAAACACUGUUAAGAUCAGAGUUUCAAAUCCCACUAAAUGUCUGGAAGAAAAUUGAAGUUUGGCGAAGUGGACGGGCAAUACUGUUGAAGGUAGCUGAUCAAAUGUGGAUUGAAAAUCGUAUUUUCGGUAAAUUAUCGCAAGAUGCUGUUACGAAGACAAUAUAUUUUGGUGGCGCUCCAUCGGCUGUAUUGCUAGAUGAUUUGAAAGCGAUAAAAGGGUUUGUCGGCUGUAUGAGGAAGAUACGUCAAAACGCUCGCAUGCUUCAUUUACAUCGCGACGCUCUGGUUUCUGUCAACACGCAUGAUUGUGGUUGGAAUCCAUGCUUCGAGAUGACUUGCGAGGGCGAUUCUAGAUGUUUUAACAAACAUACAUCAGCAGUUUGCCUUUGUCGAUAUCCACGUUAUGGAAAGAAGUGCGAGAAUAAAAGUGAAAACGAAUUGUCAUCGAAAUCAAUGAGAUUUUCUGGUUCGUCUUACCUUCGGUUUGCCAGCAAAGAAGUAAUGGAGCAUGUAAUGGGUGGAACAUUAAAUCUGAAAUUAUCGAUGAAAAUUCCCAAAAAUGAAAACGCAACUCAGUCAGUACAGGUAUUAGUUUAUGCAGCUAAUGGAGAUAAUCAUGGCGAUUUUAUGAGGCUCCAUUUGUUGAAAAAUAAGAAACUGGAGCUACUAAUUGAUUUGGGUUCUGGAGUCUCUGUUUUGUCGCAUCCAAGUACCGUUGAGGAGGGGAUCUGGCAUGAUAUCGUAAUAUUAAGGGAGGCAGGACAAAUUUCACUUAUUGUGGAUGAAUUGGAAAUAUCAACAACGGCACCUGGUGAUUCUAUAGAGUUAAACGUCUACGAUUCAUUGUUUAUUGGUGGUGCAUUAGAUGGUGAUAAGUUGUUUGAUGGUUUUAUUGGCUGUAUCCGUGACAUAUUUAUUGACUCAGCAUCUGUGACACAUCCAGAUCAUGCCUCAGAAGCGAUCAACUUAUCUGAAUGCUCAUCGUAA